AUGAACGACGAAAGUAUGCGCAAUGAAUUAACAUCUAUUCAAAUGCAGAUGAAUCAAACAACGAAUGAAUCACUUGAAUCUACUAGGCGGAUGCUUACACUUUGUGACGAUAGUAAAGAAGCCGGAAUUCGAACUUUGGUUAUGUUAGAUGAACAAGGAGAACAACUUGAUGCAAUUGAUUCUGGUAUGGAUCGUAUAAAUGCUGAAAUGCGUGAUGCAGAAAAAAAUCUUGAAGGUCUUGAAAAAUGUUGUGGAUUAUGUGUACUUCCAUGGAAAAGAUCAAAAAAUGUUGAAAAAAGUGCUGCUUAUAGUAAAACAUUUAAAGGUAAUGAAGAUGGAAAAGUAAAUGCAUCAGGUCCACGACAAAUAGUUGGACAAAAUGGUGUUGGACCUGGUUCUGGUUAUAUUCAAAAAAUUACAAAUGAUGCAAGAGAAGGUGAAAUGGAAGAAAAUCUUCAACAAGUUAGUACAAUGAUUGGUAAUCUAAGAAAUAUGGCGUGUGAUAUGGGUAAUGAAAUAGGAAAUCAAAAUGUUCAAAUUGAACGUAUUAAGGGCAAAACCGAUAUUAGUCAAAUCCGUAUUGAAGUAGCUAAUAAACGAGCAAAUGCUUUGUUAACCAAAUAA